AUGUUCUCGUCUCUGGCGCCGGCGGCGGCGGCCUCCAAGAACGCGGACGGCGACGAGGGGCGCCGAAGCGGCCCGGCGUCGCCGGAGAGGCUGCGCCACAUGCACGCGGACGUGGCCGAGCUGCUCCGGGCCAACACCACCCCACGCCGCCGGCGGCCGAAGAAGCCGGUGCCGGCCGCGCCCGCGGAGGAGCGCCGCCACGCGCGCUACGGCUGCGCGUUCGAGGAGGAGGCGCUGGCGGAGGGCGGGUUCGCGCCGCCACGGAUGGUGUGGGCGAAGGUGAAGGGAUACCCGCGGUGGCCGGGCCAGGUGUUCGACCCGGCGGACGCGUCGAAGCAAGCGCUGCGCGAGCGCAAGCGGGGGCCGGACGGGGCCGCCCUGGUCGCCUGCUUCGGGGACGGCUCCUUCGUGUGGGCCGGCGCGGCGGACCUCACCCCGCUCCGCCACGACUUCCCGCGCCUCGCCGCCGUCGGCCUGCGUAGCAGCCACAAGGCCGAGUUCGCCCUCGCCCUGGACGACGCGCUGGCCGAGGUCGCCCGCCGCGUGGACGCCGGUCUCUCCUGCGGGUGCCCCGGCGCCGCCGCCGCCGCUAGGAAGCAGCUGUUUCCGAACUCCGGCCUCCGCAGAGGCGCGUCCGGCGCCGCGGUGGACGCCGGCUUCGCCCGGGGCGCGCUCCGCGGCGAGGCGCUCGUCGCGUACGUCGGCGCGCUGGCGGUGGCGCCGGGGGAAGGCGCCGACAGGCUCGACCACGCCGUCACCGCGGCACAGCUGGCAGCGUUCGACCGAUGGAGAGGCAAGACCGUCAUCGUGUCCGCCGCGCCUGCAAGCCGCGCUGCGACUCCCAAGAGGACGACAAGGGCAAGGGGCCAAGACGAUGGCGGCAUGCUGCUCUCCGCGACGCCACGUGCACGCCGUGCAACUACCCCCAAGCGAGCAAGGCCCACGGGACAAGACGACGGCGCCGGCGGCUCCGCCAUGGUGUUCUCCGCGACGCGCGUGAGCCGCACCACAACCCCGAGGAGGGCAAGGGCAAGGGGGCAAGACGGCGGCGACGCCUCCGCCGGCAACCGGGUCAUGACAAGGUGCGCGCGCGCGGCCGCCGCGGCGGACGCGGCCUUCGUUCGGAACGUGUUCCGCGGCGAUGCGAGCGUGGAGCACUACGCCUCCGCGAAGGGCCUGACGCCGCAUGCCGGAGCCGAGCGGCGCGACCUCGCCAUCGCCGUCGCCACGCCGCAGCCGAGGGCCGUCGCCGCGUGGAGGGGCGCCCCAAGCCUCCUCCCCGACGAGCAGACCGCGACCCACGACGCCACCGAGGGCGCCGCGAACGCCAAGGCCAAGAUGAUGGCAAGAUCGACGGGAGGCGAGGACUCCGCCGGCGACCCCGGCAAGUGGAGGACGACGAGCUGCAUCAGCUCAAGGGAGGAGAACUCGGGGUGCGAGGACGACGUCGUCGACGACGAUGAUGCCACGGGAUCGGAGUGCUCCUCCGAGGCCCCGUCCCAUGAGACGACGGUGAGCAGCAGCAGGUGGAAGGAUCGCGUGAUUUUCCUGCAGUUCAUGGCCAUCGUUGUGCUCCUCUGCCGGCUGACGAUGGAGUAG